CCCCUUACCUUGCUACCUCUCGCGAAGAAAGUUUAUCUUUAGUAGUGUUUGUCUUAGAGGGUCUGAAUGUAAUUUGCCGUUGGUUCGCACUUCGCAGGCGAUCAUCUCGUAAUCUCAAGCCCUUGGAAGUUGGAACUGAUCUCUCGCACUUGUACCCUUUGGGAAAAAGAGAUGGCGGGAACCAUAGAAAGAUACCAGAAAUUAGGGCUUAAAGAAUCUCUAAAUCGAAUAUACGAUUAUCCAUUGGCCUGCAACGAGCUCAGCUUCAUAUUGAGAGGAGCUUACAGCAAGGUCUCCAAGAAUCUCCAGGCCCUCAUGUUUGAGGGCACCCUCGCUGCGUUCCGCCGUCUUCCCGAGGUGCAAACAAGGCAAGCAGUUUCAGCGGCUAACCUCCUACUCCAAGCAGCAGAGGUGGCAUUGCCCAAGCAGAAGAAAGUGCUGGCUGUCGCAGAGUUUAAGCAUGCGGUGGUUGCACAUAAAAGACGUUCUAAAUCCCGGCAAGAUGAAGAAGGUACAGCACAAUUGCCCCAGGACGUGCUUGUCCAUAUUUUUAGUUUCUUAGACAUGCGCUCUCUAGUUGCUGUGGGUUUAGUGUGCUGGUCAUGGAGUUUGGCAGCAAGCGAUAACAGAUUGUGGCAUUCACAAUAUGUUCUUUACUUUGGAAAUUCCAAUGGUUGUUCUGAAACUAAGGAGCACAUUGCUAAACCAGUCCAGGAGAAGGGAGAUACAAUCCUGCAUCAGAAGAAAAGCGCUGAUCCAUUGACUAUUCUUGACUGGAAAGAGGCUUUUAAAGGAGCAUAUAUAGGGAAUUCAAUACGGAGAUCUAUGUCAAACAGGGGAUACUGUUGGCAUUGCAAAUCAAUUGUUUGGCUGAACAACAUGAAAUGUUCCAAUAUGCACCAUGUUUUGCAACAGAAAAAUCAGAAAAUCAAGCCUGUAUCACCUCAACAGAUCAUCGAUUAUAUACUGGAGGACUCUCUAUCGACAAUAUCCUCUUCAGACAGUGAAGGCGAUUCAGAUGAAGAGUCCCUUUCAAAGUUGUGGGCCUAUCCCAAACACAUCACUGCAGCCAUAAAGAGCCUGUCAUGCGAGUAAUCACAUGGGUUCUUCUCUGGGUUCCCAGCUCUUCUGUACAGAAGAAUAUCAAAAUGUGCAUUCUUUCUUUGUAAACAUUACCAAGAUAAAAAAAAAAAAAAAAAAAAAAAAAAAAACAAAUUUUGUGCUCGCAUUGGUCAAAUCAUUUUUGAGAUUUGAUCCAUAUCAUAAUGUUUUAACAAA